AUGACAAGCGAAUUCCCCACGCCCCCAAAAGCCAAUGGGCGUCUGGAAAACAUGUGGAUUGAAGAGGGCACUGGAGGUACACGUGGUGCCGGCCUGCAGCAUAUGACCACAGACGAAAAGAAGAAAAGGUCAUGGGAAGGGGUGGGAAUCCCGAGGGAAUCUCAACGAGAGAAGAUACCAAUCAUGUUUGAGGCAGCGACAACGGCAGGUAGACAUAUUACCACUCAGGGCAGAACAGAUGAUCGCCGGAUCAUGUCAACGUACGUCGAAGGUCGUGUAAUGAAGACUGCGGUCACAGUUGGGAGCAAUGGGUAUGUGGUAGGGGCCAAUCCCGUUACCACCAACUUUAUGGUUAGGCCGGGCGACCCGGGAGAGGUCAGCGACCGGACGAUGGAGAAUCUGUACAACUACCCGCUUAAUUGCCCGGACAGAAGGCAGACUGAUGAGGCCAAAAAGGGUCAAGCAAUGGAGCGCAAGGAGCCCGCUGUGCCAAAGGCCAAGACCUCCUAUCUUGGAAGGCUUCUCAAAUAA